UUAUUUAUUUUCUCAACAUUUUAAGUGUUCUAGCAACUUCAGGAGCCCCCAACAACAACAUAGAUUUCUUCAUCCUUAUUUCAUCCAUCCUCUUCAACUACAACACAACCUCGUUUUUCUCAAAAAAACAUACAACCUCGUUUUCCUCAAAAAGAAAACCUACAACCUCGUACCUUGCAUUUACAUAUGGAUUGUUUGGUGAUGCCAGUUUCAUUGAUCCGAAGAAGAUCAACAGGUUCACGGCUGGGUUACAAGCCACUAACCGAUGAUGAGUUGGAUCAACAAGAUUCCGACAGCCGCGUGACAGUGGUGGUCGGAAAAGAGAAGAAGGUGUUCCUUGUAGACCCUAUCAUUUUACAAGAGAAUCCAUUUCAGGUUUUGAUGGAUAUCUCUAUGAAGAAGAAUCCAGAAGAGACGAACAAGAAUCAUUUCCGUUUCGCAUCAAGUCAUCAUCAUGAGAGAGUUAUCUUUGUGGAUGUUGAUGAUAUUUUGUUUGAGCACAUGUUGUGGCUUAUGUAUAAUGAUACAUCUUCUUUGUUUAAGCUCAAUUUGAAAGAUAUUGUUGAUUUCUAUACUCAUGAGGAUAUGUAAUUGUAAUCAUCUAAAUUGUGUUGUAGAAUAUUUUCAACCACAACAGAGGUAUUGUAUUAUGUUAAA